CGGUUUUGUUCAGUGGACUGUCGGCCAGCAGCAGCAGCAGCAGCGGCGGAGGAGAAAGUGGCGUGAAGUGAGGAGAAAAACCGAGAAUUGUCCCCUCCAGGAGAACACAACAGUGAUCUGGAAUAAUCUAAAACGCUUCGUUGUGUUUCGACAGGUUUGCUCCAUCGCUGUUUUGAUAACCAGAGGCAAGGAUAGUAAUGCAAAUGGCUGACAUCGACAGCGGCAUGGUGAAGGUGGAAAAGUGGCAGGAGACGAUGUAUGGCCUCGACUCGGGCAUCCAGUCUGGAGCCACCACAGUCAGAGACGAUGACGGCGACUUCACCACCUCCAAGCACUACACCAGGACCACCACCGUCACAACGGAACAUCCUGACCUGGAUGCCCACUCCACCAGGGCCCAGCGGGUGCGGGCCGCGAUGUUCCCAGAGACGCUGGAGACAACCACCACAUUCACGUCAACUCAGUUGGACCCGUCCCAGAUGACCAACGUCCAGCGGCUGGCAGAGCCCUCCCAGAUGCUCAAGACCGCCAUCGUCCAUCUGAUCAACUACCAGGACGACGCAGAGCUGGCCACGCGCGCCGUGCCUGAGCUCACCAAACUGCUCAACGAUGAAGACCAGGUGGUGGUCGGCAAGGCAGCACAGAUUGUCAACCAGCUUACCAAAAAGGAGGCGUCCCGGCGUGCGCUGAUGCAGUCCCCUCAGAUGGUGGCGGCGGUGGUGCGGGCGAUGCAGAACACGAGCGACAUGGAGACGGCGCGGGCCACGGCCAGCAUCCUCCACAACCUGUCCCACCAGAGAGAGGGCCUGCUCGCCAUCUUCAAGUCUGGAGGCAUCCCCGCUUUGGUCCGCAUGCUCAGCUCUCCCAUGGAGUCCGUGCUCUUCUACGCUAUCACCACGCUCCACAACCUGCUGCUGCACCAGGAAGGAGCUAAGAUGGCUGUUCGUCUGGCUGAUGGCCUGCAGAAGAUGGUUCCCCUGCUGAAGAAGAGCAACCCCAAGUUCCUGGCCAUCACCACAGACUGUCUGCAGCUGCUGUCUUAUGGCAACCAGGAGAGCAAGCUGAUCAUCCUUUCCAACGCGGGUCCAGAGGGUCUCGUUCACAUCAUGAGAAACUACAGCUAUGAGAAGCUGCUGUGGACCACAAGCCGUGUGCUCAAAGUCCUCUCGGUGUGCCCCAGCAACAAACUCGCCAUUGUAGAGGCUGGUGGGAUGCAGGCUCUGGGUCAACACCUCACAGGCUCCAGCCAGCGUCUGAUGCAGAACUGUCUGUGGACACUCAGGAACCUGUCUGACGCUGCCACCAAGCAGGAGGGUAUGGACAGCCUCCUGCAGGUGCUGGUGGGCCUGCUCAGUUCGGACGACCUCAACAUGCUCACUUGCUCCACCGGCAUCCUGUCGAAUCUCACGUGCAACAACGCCUACAAUAAAACUCUGGUCACCCAGGGCAAUGGUAUAGAGGCGCUGAUCCACGCCAUAUUGCGUGCCAGUGAGAAGGAGGAUGUGACUGAGCCUGCCGUUUGCGCUCUGCGCCACCUGACAUCGCGCCACCAGCAGGCUGAGAUGGGGCAGAAUGCUGUGAGGAAACACUACGGCAUCCCCGCCAUUGUCAAGCUGCUCAACCAACCCUACUACUGGCCCGUCAUCAAGGCUGUGGUUGGUCUGAUCCGCAACCUGGCGCUGUGCCCGGAGAACCAGGCCCCUCUGAGGGACGCUGGAGCGAUCCCGCGUCUGGUCAAUCUGCUGCUCAAAGCCCACCAAGACGCCCAGAAACAUGGUUCAUCCUCCCAACAGACAUACCAGGAUGGAGUGAGGAUGGAGGAGAUUGUGGAGGGCUCCACGGGAGCUCUGCACAUCCUGGCAAGAGAUCCCAUCAACCGAUCAGAGAUCUCCAACCUGCAGACCAUCCCUCUGUUUGUUCAGCUCCUCUACUCUCCAGUGGACAACGUGAAGCGCGUGGCAGCGGGCGUCCUGUGCGAGCUGGCCCUGAACAAACAGUCAGCAGAGCUCAUCGACAGCGAGGGAGCGUCUGCUCCGCUGAUGGACCUGCUGCACUCCAACAACGAGGGCAUUGCUACUUACGCUGCAGCUGUGCUCUUCCGCAUCUCCGAGGAUAAGAACUCAGAUUACAAGAAGCGGGUGUCUGUGGAGCUGACGCACUCUCUGUUCAAAAACGACCCCACUUCCUGGGAGAUGGCCCACAACAGCAUCCCCAUGGAAGGACCCUAUCCAGAUGAGCUGGAUGCUGGCUUCCCAGGCUACGCUAUGCAGGGAGGCUAUGCAGCUGACGGCUUGCCCAUGGACGGCAUGGAGGGAGUCAUGAUGCAGGAUGAAUUCCAAGGCAGCAUGGCCUACGACAGACCACCCUACGAGUAUCAAUCCUGAGGAGACAGAGAUACGGAAGCGGUGGAGCUGAUAUGGAACGUACUAGGACAAAGAAGAGAAUAAAGGCGUCGGCAGAGAUUAUUCCCUCUGCUCUCAGCCUGAUGUAAUAUAUGCAAUUAUCACGGAGUACGGGACUCGUAAUCUUAACAGGGCUCAACUGUGUUUUAAAGCAUAAUUUUGCUGAUUAUAACUUUGAUGAUGCUUGUAGGUUUCUGUUAGAGAACCUUUUUAAAAGUGUGUGUGUGCACGUAUGUGUGUGGGAGUGUGACUGUGUUUAUGCUUUUGGGUGGGUAUUCUAUGCCAAAGAGAUUUUAUUUUGUGAUGAUAAUCGUGUAGCUUCCUCAUUGUCUUUUCUUUCUUUGUCUUUUUUUUUUUUUUUUUUUAAAGGAAAAGGAAAACACAAUGAGAGUAAUAGUUGAAAACACUGCCAGAGGCUCAACGUGCACGGUGCACCGGCUCACCGCUCUGCUUCUUCCUUAACGCCUUUGUAACAGUCACUGCUGUCUAAUAUGUAGUUUUGACACCAUAUACAAAGUCAACUUUCUUCCGCUGUGACGCGACUGUUUAGAGUCGGUGAAGAGUUGGUCUCGCAGCACUAAUCCAGUAGGCGUGAGCAAACUAGGAGAUGGUGGUCUUUGACAGACCCCUGAGAGAGCAGUGUAGGGCUGCCCCCCCCCCCCCAAAUGUAAUCACCUGUAGGUGAACAAGAUGGUUGUUUUUCAGGAAUUGUGGCUAAUCUUUUAUGUUAUUUGCAGAGAAAGAUUCCCAACCACGACAUCAACAAAGAUGUCUUUUUGUUAUGAAUAUAAUUUAGAGAAAAGAUUGUAUGUGUAAUCAUUUGCAGGAGAACAGCAACAACAUGGAUUCAGAGGUUUUGCAGAUGUUUUCAACAGACUGGUUCAUUAGUCAAGAGGUGUGAUGCUGUAUAGUUGGGACGGCCCUACAGCUGGAGCAAACUACUGACAGGGAAAUUUGUCUUUCUACUUAAGAGUUUUUACUGAAAUUUUGUUUAAUAAAAAUAAAGGAUAUAUUAAACCCAA